AAGUUAAACUGGACUACCCAAUCACAGAAGACAAAUGAACCAGAUGAGAGUCUGAGCCAUUGCUGAGUGCUGCUACCAACAUGAAGAACUGUCUGUGACUGUGUCGUUACAUUAUAGUCACGUGUAUGUGUGAACAUGACUGAACAUUUCUGUGAGUGUGUGCAUGUUAAAGGUGAAAUAGCCUGAGUGUGAGUGGGGUGUGAUGGUGUUCACCAUGUCUGAGGAUGAAAUCAUUAACUGCACCAUCAGCCAUGAAAUCCACCAGUACCUCUUCUCCUGUGUGUACAUCCUCGUACUGUUGAUUGGCAUUCCCUCCAACUUGUACUCUUUGUACCACGCUGCUCUGCAGCUGAAGCAGAAGAAUGAGCUGGGAGUUUAUUUAAUGAACCUCACUGUGUCUGAUCUGUUGUACCUGGCAUCAUUACCACUGUGGCUACAGUACAUCUUUCAG